AGGACACCAAAGUCAUCACUAGACAUUCUCCCAAUUCUAAUAUCCAAACUAUUGUAAUAAACAAAUUAUACAGAAACCAUGGCUAGUUGGCACAUGGUGUUUGUCACCGCCUCUGUGUUCAUGGUGUUUCUCACAAUCAAUCCAGUAAGUUCGCAACCACAGGCGAACUUACUAAUCACGGGUUGCAGCCAGAUUAAUGCAACCAACCUCCAGAAUUUCUUUGGCAAUCUUAAUGAAACUUUUAGAGACCUCCGAAAUAAACUUUCAAAUAAUAACAGUUACUUUGCAACUUCAGAGCAAACAAGAAAUUCAGAGCCGGUUUACGCGAUGGCUCAGUGCAGGAACUACAUGUCAACCAGGGAUUGUUUGAGCUGUUUCGAUUCCGCGGAUACGUUUAUUCGUACUUGUGCUGCUGCCAAUGGUGCCCGUGCUGUUCUUGAUGGCUGCUUUCUCAGGUAUGAAAGUAAUUCUUUCUAUGAUCAAACAACAUUGCCUGGCAAUGUUGGUUUAUGUGGUAACCGCACUUCAUCAAGGCAGAGUGUCUUUGAAACCGCCGUGGAUGGAUUAUUGUCCAAUCUUUCGAUUGCCACCCCAAAGAUAAACGGUUUCUAUGCUGCAGUUACUGCCCCAGUUACUGGUACUAAUACAAGUACCAGUACCGCGUAUGCUAUAGCGCAGUGUGCUGAGACAGUAACACGCGACGGAUGCAAGGAUUGCUUAGCAGUGGCAUAUGCCAACAUAAAGAGUUGUGCAACUGAUGUUACUGAUGGCAGGGCGGUUGAUUCAGGGUGUUUUAUGAGAUACUCUGCCUCUGCAUUCUUCGACGGCAAUAAAACUACUGAUAUUACCUCGUUUCUACGAGAUGGAGGUUCUAACAAUAAGGGAGCCAUUAUUGGAGGUGUGGUUGGAGGUGUAGGUGCUUUGAUCAUAUUGCUAGUAGUUGCACUUAUAUUGUAUCGUCGGUCGAAGAAAAAAGCACCAGCAGGUGGCCUGUAUGGGGCAACUGAAUUGCAAAGCCCAAAAGAUUAUAGCUAUAGUGAUCUGAAAAAAGCGACAAAAGAUUUUAAAGAAGAAAAUAAGCUUGGAGAAGGAGGAUUUGGAGAUGUAUACAAGGGGACUGUAAAGGAUGGAAACAUUGUGGCAGUGAAAAGACUAGCCAUAGGUUCCAAUACAGCAAAGGAUAACUUUGAGAGUGAAGUGAAAGUUAUAAGCAAUGUCCAUCAUCGCAAUCUAAUCCGUCUCCUUGGUUGUUGUAGCAAAGGGCCAGAAUUACUUCUAGUCCUCGAGUACAUGGCCAAUGGAAGCCUUGAAAAGUUUCUAUACGGUGAAAAACGGGGGACACUCAACUGGAAACAACGGUGUGAUAUCAUUUUUGGCACGGCAAGGGGUCUGGCAUACCUACAUGAACAAUACCAUGUAACAAUCAUCCAUAGAGACAUAAAACCAAGCAAUAUACUACUUGACAACGAUUUUCAGCCAAAAAUCGCAGAUUUUGGUUUGGCUAGGCUGCUCCCUGAGGACCAGACCCAUAUUAGCACUAGAUUUGCUGGAACUUUGGGUUACACGGCACCAGAAUAUGCGAUCCACGGACAGUUGUCUGAGAAAGUUGACACCUAUAGCUUUGGUGUAGUCGUCCUUGAGAUUGUUAGUGGAAAAAAAUGCACGGAUGUCCCGGAUGAAUCUGCCAGUGAACAGUACCUACUUGAACAUGCUUGGAAUCUUUAUGAAUCUCGAAUGCACUUGAAGCUGGUCGACGAAACAUUAGACCCAAGUGAGUAUAAUGAAGAAGACAUAAAGAAAGUCAUAGAAAUAGCACUCAUGUGCACUCAAUCACCGGUUUCUGUCAGGCCAACGAUGUCUGAAGUGGUGAUGCUUCUAAGUGAUAGAUCGCGAGUACAGAACCCGCCUAGUAGACAAAAUGUCAAUUUAGCCGACAUAAGGAUACAAGUCAAUAACUCGACAUCUACUACUUUAUCCAUGAGCAACGCUGAUGCCACAAUCACCGAAUUAACAGGUCGCUAAGAAUUUGUUACCAUCAGCUGUUGUCACUGUCAAAAUGGAGCGACCCAAAUUAUAUAUAUAGUGUUAUAUAUAAAGGUUUUGAUGCUUGCGUUUUAAUUACCAGCAAAAAUUUAUAUAAAAAUAUUUGUAAAAUCCAAUCUUGCAAACAUGUUUUGUAUCCUUUGAACUUUAUACUUGAGUUCCAAUAUUCAUGAUCAAGACAAAUUUCGCUAAA